UUUUUCCAAGUUAGUGUCCUCUGUUGAUUUGGUUUCGUUACUACAAAAAGAACGUUACAUACAUCCGUUAUUAUAAUAAUACACAGAUUACACUACAUCAAAACUUCUCUGGAAUUAACAAAAUUUCAAAACGUGGCGAUAUAAAAUAUCAUAAAUAAAAUGCCUAAACCAACAAGAUUGCACAAUAAAGGCAAAUCGACAUCUUUACAGAAACCUUGUAAAAUUGAUAAACACGAGUCCGAAGGUGUAGACCCCGAGGAAUCGUUACGACAGUUUCAGCUCGAGUUAUGUUGGUGUAUCCAACAGUUAGAGAGAACUUUAAAUGAAAAGAAAGGAAACGAAAAACAAUUGCAAGAAACAUGGAAAGUCUUAACUGUACUAAAAAACAAUAAUCAGCCGAUUAUAAGGAAGAGACAAUUGAUGAGGACACAUUUCGGUGACUAUCGAGCUAAAAUGGCUUCAGAGGAGAAAAAAUUGUCUAAAAUGACAAGUAAAAUCAAAAUAUCAGAAGUACAGGAAAAACCAAAGGCAACAUUUUUUAGGAAAUCUGUAUUUCAAACUACAGGAGAUGAGUCGUUCCGUUUUAAUUUCGAUUUAACUUCAGAUCAAAUAGAAAAUGGAAAUAAUUCUACCGUUACAGAAGAAAAUAGCAAAAUUGGUAACACAGAGUCUGUUAUAGCCGAUGACAACAUACAGGGAAACUCUAAGGAUCACAAUACUGAAGAAGCAAACAAAGACAGUACAAAAAAAUUUAAGUUCUCUUUUUCAAGUUCUCAAUUUAAAUUUAAUUUCGAUGUCAAUGAUAGUUGAUUGUCACUUUUUUUUUUUUUUAAGUUAGCCACUUCUGUGUUUAAGUGAAUAGCGAAAAAUAGGUUAAGUCUAAAAUUUAAAUUUGAAGCAAAAAAAUAAAGAGCAUUUAUUGUA